CUGCAUAUUUCAGUAUAUUUCCGCUCCCAGUUCUUGGCUCGUUGUUAUUAUUAAAUUUAUGGGUAUAUUUCGUACUUAAUGCAAAAUUCAAUCAAUUCGGGAGGCAACAAGCGUCAGCUGCGAUUCCGUGGCGAUGUCAGCGGUGCCAGCAGUCGCGUGGAGGAGCUCCAACACCUCCAAGAAGAGAACAGACAACAGAAACCAAAGCAGCUGCCGCUCUCCCAGGAUGACGUUGCAGCGGCGACGGCAGCGUCGUCGGCAGCACAGCAGCGACUUCAAAACGGUCCCACUGAGACCGGUGCGAACACCUUCCUGGACUUUUUCAAAGUGGAAAUGACACGCGGCUACAUGCUGGAGCAUGACGAGGAGCGGUAUUCGGCUCGCCGCCAGAAGAUCUACAGCUUCAUGAGGAUACCGCGCGACCUGGAGCGUUUCAUGAUCUAUGGGAUAAUGCAGUGUGCCGAUUCCUUUUUCUACAUACACACAUUUCUGCCCGUGCGCUUCGUGUUGGCCGUCUGGGCACUGGUCACAAGGACAGUGGCAAGGAUUUGCCGACUGCGCAGCAGUGGACAGCGUUUACUGUCACCCGCCGAGAUCUGUGAUCUGCUCAAAGGUGCCAUCUGGAUAACAGUGACGCUCUUGAUGCUGCUCGUGGACACGAAUCGGGUGUAUCACAUCAUUAAAUCGCAAUCGAUUAUUAAGCUGUACAUAUUCUACAAUAUGCUGGAGGUGGGCGAUCGUCUGCUGUCGGCCUUUGGCCAGGAUACCAUCGAUGCUCUGUUCUGGACGGCCACCGAACCAAAGAAUUCCAAGCGGGAGCACUUUGGUUCCUUUACGCAUGUUAUUUUAACCCUCACCUAUGUGUUUCUACACAGCGGUCUAAUCAUGUUUCAGGCCACCUGCCUGAAUGUGGCACUCAACUCCAACAACAAGGGCCUGCUGACCAUUAUGAUUUCCAAUAAUUUCGUGGAGCUCAAGGGAUCUGUUUUCAAAAAGUUCGACAAAAACAAUCUGUUCCAGUUGACCUGCAGCGAUGUGAGGGAACGUUUCCAUUUAUCCAUACUACUGUUUAUUGUGAUUAUUCAGACGAUGAAAGAGUUUGACUGGAGCUUCACGCAGUUCUAUGUGAUGGUGCCCGACUGCAUUGCGGUGCUGUUCACCGAAAUACUCAUUGACUGGGUGAAGCAUGCCUUUAUCACGCGCUUCAAUGAGCUGCCCGAGAGCAUCUAUCGAGAGUAUACGACCAGUCUCGCCUAUGACAUGACCCAGACGAGGCAGAAGCAUGCCUUUUCGGAUCAUUCAGAUUUGGUGGCACGCCGCAUGGGCUUCAUACCAUUCCCAUUGUCAGUGGUACUGAUCAAGGCUAUUUAUACGGCCGUUUCCUUUCACAAUCUGGCUGCGUGGCUGCUCUUUCUGCUGGCCUAUCUGUUUGCCUUGGGUCUGAGGAUUUGCUUAACGAUUUGUGCCCUGGGCAAGGCCUGCAAACUGAUGAAGGAGCAUCAAACGGAACGCAAUAGUUCCACGCCAAGUAGCAUGACUAAUGUGCCUUUUGUUGGCGGCACAGCCGGCAGCUCCUCGAUGACUGGACAGCCAUUCCAUCACCCCCAUCCGAACCACAAUAACAAUAACAACAACAACAACAACAGCAUUGCAAGCAAACCAACAGCAGUAGCCAGCGCGACGACCAUUAUGUUGACCCCACCAAAUGCUGAUAUGAGUCACGAUUUCUCACGCGCAUCGGUGCAGUCCACGUCCACACCCAAGAAGGCCGUCAGCGAACAGGAGCUGGAUGUGACCAACUCUCUGGAACUGGGCGCCACAGCACUCUUCUACAACAGCGAUGUGGUUCUGGACGAUGUGUGCCUCAACGAGCAGGUGACCAACACCAAUAUCAGUUCUGCCAUCCAAGAAGUCUACCAGGAGCAGGAUCUGGCACGCAGCCAGCCAGAUCUGCUGCAACUCAACAAUUCUGGCUCAUCCGGUGGUGAGGCAUCCAACAGCAGCAGCAGCAGCAGCAGCAUGAUGGCCAAGCAGGCGGCGAAGCGUCCGCCCAAGCGCACACACAAACGCUCCGAAUCGGAGCCGCUCAUCCAGAGUCUGGCCGAAAAGUCAGGCGCAUCUGGCGGGAUGUCUGGCAGCAGUCAAACGACACAGCUCUAGCCAUAAAUCGAUGCUAAAUUAUUUGUUUCUUGAUUUUAUCGUUCAUUUAGUUGCGUCUUUGUUCAUUUUGUAAAACAAUUUAGUUGCCGUUUUUGUAAUAGAAAUAUGUACGUAAGGAUAAGCGAUAUGUAUUUAGUUUAUUAAGGAAAAUAUGAUUUUAAUGUUCCCCAAAGUCAA